CCGACAGAAGCGAUCUCUCUGCCUCACUCUCGUGCUGCGGGGGCCGGGGGGGCCGUGCUGCUGACGACGAAGGCGCUGCCGGCUGGUGCAGGGGUGGAGUAGUGCUUCCGUUCUUCCUUCAUCUUCAAUGAACACGCCACAAUCGCCGCUUCCACUAUCAGCACACAUACAACCAUACCUACGAAGAAAACAAUGUGUGCACCUUUCUACAUUGAGACAUGCAUCUGCGUCUUGUCUGUCAGUCUCUCCUUACACUGCGCAGGGGUAGGCUUAGCUGCACGCACCGCGUGACGGAUGGCUUCACUGAGUGCCGUGCCCUCCUCCUCUUUCAGCCCGUCCCUUGGUCUCAUAACGCGCUCCUCGGCCUGGAUGACACGACAGCAUGCAUUGAUUGCCGUCGUUCCCUCGUCCCGAUUCACAUUGAUUGCGUACCUCGAUUGGCAUUUGGUUGACCAU